UAGCAACAAGCAAUAAACAAAACUCGCUUUCAGGCAGCCCACGAACCGCAAAUUUAUCACGCAAAAUUAUUGUCAUGUAGAAACGGAAAAGGUUACGAUCAGAUUUACAAGUUAGAGAGGUAUGGCGACUAAUUCUGCUUUCAUUGACACUCCCACUCUUCCACUGAGUCCUGAAACGAAAUUACUGGCAGCUUUCAAAAAUGACACACACCCUGAUAAAGUGUACCUGGCGGGAAGGGAGUAUCUGGGUGAGGAUGGUCAGAUCUCUGUGCUCCCUCUUACCUGGAAGAUUAAGCAGCAGAUAGGGGGUGAUCCCACCCUGGGCACUGAGUACCCACCAAGCCUGGGCGUGCUGGAGUUCACCAGGAGAGUCACUGAACUGGCACUGGGAAAGGACAGUCAGGCCAUUGUGGAAAACCGGGUGCUGGGUGUCCAGACCGUGGGAUUGACGGGGGCAGUCCGGCUGGGGACAGAGCUUCUGAGACGCUGGUACAGCAGGAGCGUGGCCUGGUCCGGUCCUGUAUAUGUCCCCUUACCCUGUCAUGACUCACUGGUUGACACCCUCAAGGCUGCUGGGAUCCUGGAUGUCCGGCAGUAUCGAUACUGGAAUGCAGAGCAACGGGUCGUGUCCACGGACAAGCUCACAGAAGACCUGGAGCAGGCCCCGGAACAUUCCGUGGUGAUUCUGUCAGCCUCUGCACACUGUCCGACGGGCGCUGACCUCUCCCAGCAGGACUGGACGGCCCUUGCUGAAGUUAUGGCGAGGAGGAGGCUCCUCCCCUUCUUCCUCUUGCCAGCCCAGGGCCUCUGCCUAGGGGACCCAGAUCAGGAUGCUUGGCCCCUACGCCACUACGCUUCCUUAGGCCUGGAGUUCCUCUGUGCCCAGUCCUUCUCCCAUAGCUUCACCCUCUACGGGGAGAGGGUUGGGCAUCUCCUGCUCGUGCUGAAGCAGAACUCCGUGCUUCUGGCGGUCCAGUCGCAGGCGGAAAGCCUGGUGCGCUCUCUGUGGGCCCGGCCCACCGUUUUGGGUGCCCGGGUGGUUGCCACGGUGCUGGGUAACCCUGCCAACCUCGCCGAGUGGCGCGACGCCAUAAGAGGUUUAGCUGAACGGUGCCUGCUGAUUAGGGAGCAGCUUCUGGAGAAGCUGAGACUUCUGGGAACGCCUGGACGCUGGGAUCACCUGACGCAGCAGGGUGGACUGUUUUGUUGCACAGGCCUAAAUGCUGAACAAGUAAGGUUCCUGGCCAGGAAGAGGCACCUAUACUUGCUGCCAGAUGGGUGUAUGAAUGUGACGGCCAUUAACCGCCAGAACCUGGAUUAUGUAGCGGAAUCCAUCUACUUAGCUUUGACCUCUGCCCUCUGACCUUAGCAGUCAGUAUGAGAGACACCCAAAGUAUAAAUGAUUAGUUUCAGGGUUGUCAACUACGGUCAGCUGGCUGGCGUGAUAUUUUAAAUUUGAGGCAAAUCUGCUCGUUCAUUUACAUGUACUUAGCAGUUUUAGUACCUUGCUAAUAGUCUGUAAGGUUUGUAAACUGUCCCGACGCUUCUGAUGUUGCACAUUUUAGGUUUAUAAAGGAAUAACAUAGAUUUGCGGUCAGAUUUUUUGGGUGAGCGCGAGAGUCUGAAAGCGUGAGUCUCACACCAGAUGCGUGACAGUCAGCAAUCCUGUAGUUUUCAGCGGUUGCUGUCCUGUCCAUCUCUGACAAUAAGUGAGAAUAAAGAUUCAGUAAAGCUUCUCACUUUGCAGUAGUGAAAUAAUGAAGGACACUUUCUGAGAUCUUCCCCAAGCAGGUACCACAGAGAUCUGCAGAACCACUACAAAACAACGCAGUGUGGUCAAGAACAAACUUUUGUGCUCAAGAAAAAAAAAGAAUACAUUUGUUAUAACGUGGAAAAUCAUGUAACGGUGAAUUAGUUUUUCAAUGCAAAAUGAUCCUUUAUUAUUGUUUAGUUAUAUGUCUGAACGUGUACAAAGUGUUUUCUGUGGUAAACAUAGAUUAGGUUUAAACCAUAAAGCAUUUAUUUGAUAAUAACCUAUUGGCUAGUGAAGGAUGGGGUGGGAGGGUGAGUGGGGGGUGUUUUGUCAGGCAAAAAGCAAUCUGUCCACGUGGUGGUGCUAUUGCCAUCUUCAAAAUAUGCAUUUUUGUGUUUGUCAGCUCUAUGUUCCUCCCCUGCUGUUCUGCUGUUGUUCAAAGUAAAAACGUAUCACAAAUAAAGAGGUGAAAGAGCUCAA